UGACAAAUCCAGUGUGUGACAGACAGCUCGCCAAGUUAGCGGUGUUGUUUUCUGUUGUAUAUCUGCUGCUAGUGUUCACAACCGAGCCCACGGAGGAUUACAGGGACCUGUUUUCAGCCCAACACCAGCGAGGAGCGGCGAGAUUCAGCUACACUUACUUUUUUUAAAAGCCGCUCACAGCUGCUCUGGGGGGCGGAGUGUCUGCAAAGUGCUGCGCCGAUUGGGGCGCUCGAUCGGGGGAAGAGAGAUGGCGUGCUUGUUGGAGGCCCCACUCCGCAUCAGUGUGCUGUCUGAAGUCACUGCCACUAGUCGCCAUUAUGUUGACAGACUGUUUGACCCCGACCCACAGAAAGUGCUGCAGGGAGUCAUUGACAUGAAGAAUGCUGUCAUUGGAAACAACAAGCAGAAGGCCAAUCUGAUCGUCCUCGGAGCUGUGCCGAGGUUACUGUACCUGCUUCAGCAGAGCUCGUCCAGUCUGGAGCUGCGGACAGAGUGUGCCGUGGUGCUGGGCAGCCUCGCCAUGGGCACCGAGAACAACAUCAAGUCCCUGGUGGACUGUCACAUCAUCCCUGCCCUUCUUCAAGGUCUUCUGUGUCCGGACCUGAUCUUCAUUGAAGCUUGUCUUCGGUGUCUCAGAACAGUCUUCAUCAGUCCAGUCACCCCUGUGCAGCUGCUCUAUACUGACCCCACUGUGAUUCCCCAUCUCAUGUCUCUACUGAGCCGCUCACAGAGAACACAGGAGUACAUCACACAGAUCUUCUCCCACUGUUGUAAGACCCCGGAGCACCAGACGGUUCUUUUCAACCACGGUGCCAUCCAGAACAUUGCCCCUCUACUUAUCUCACCCUCUUAUAAGGUCCGGAUGCAGGCGUUAAAGUGUUUCUCAGUCCUGGCCUAUGAGAACACUCAGGUCUCCAUGACACUGGUGAAUGUGCUGGUGGAUGGCGAGCUGCUCUCUCAGGUAUUUGUCAGAAUGAUGCAAAGGGAUCAACCCAUAGAAAUGCAGCUAACAGCAGCCAAAUGUCUAACAUACAUGUGUCGAGCGGGUGCCAUCAGGACAGACGACAGCUGCAUAGUCCUAAAGACUCUGCCGUGCCUCGUGCGGAUGUGCAGUAAAGAACAUUUGCUUGAGGAGAGGGUGGAGGGUGCAGAGACACUGGCCUACCUGAUGGAGCCUGAUGUGGAGCUGCAGAGGAUCGCGAGCACCACUGACCAUCUGGUGGCCAUGCUGGCCGACUACUUCAAAUACCCCAGCUCUGUGUCCGCCAUCACUGACAUCAAGAGGCUGGACCAUGACCUGAAGCACGCACACGAGCUGAGACAAGCUGCUUUCAAACUUUACGCCUCGCUAGGCUCCAAUGACGAGGACAUCCGCAAAAAGAUCACAGAGACGGAAAACAUGAUGGACCGGAUAGUCAGCGGUCUGUCAGAAUCCAGCAUUAAAGUCCGUUUGGCGGCCGUCAGGUGUCUCCACAGUCUUUCGAGGUCGGUGCAGCAGUUGAGGACCAGCUUCCAUGACCACGCCGUAUGGAAACCCCUCAUGAAGCUGUUGCAGAACGCCCCAGAUGAAGUCCUGGUCAUGGCCUCCUCUACACUAUGCAAUCUACUGCUGGAGUUCUCGCCCAGCAAAGAGCCCAUCCUGGAGUCAGGGGUGAUUGAGUUACUAUGCAGUCUGACCCAGAGUGACAGUCCUGCACUGAGGGUCAACGGGAUCUGGGCCCUGAUGAACAUGGCGUUCCAGGCAGACCAGAAGGUGAAGGUGGAGAUAGUUCGGUGUUUGGGUACAGAACAGUUGUUCCGCCUGCUAUCAGACCCUGACACCAAUGUGCUGAUGAAGACCCUCGGUUUGCUGCGCAAUCUGCUGUCAACACGCCCACACAUUGACCAGAUCAUGAGUUCUCAUGGGAAGCAGAUCAUGCAGGCAGUGACUCUCAUCCUGGAAGCAGAGCACAGUAUAGAGGUCAAGGAACAGACGCUGUGCAUCCUCGCCAACAUCGCUGACGGCAACACAGCCAAGGAACUCAUCAUGACCAAUGACGACAUGCUCCAGAAAAUCAAAUACUACAUGGGGCAUUCGAAUGUGAAACUGCAGCUCGCUGCCACCUUCUGCAUCUCAAACCUAAUCUGGAAUGAAGAGGACGGUUCUCAGGAGCGUCAGGACAAGCUGAGGGAGAUGGGCUUUGUAGACAUCCUGCACAAACUCACCCAGGCCUCUGACCCCAACCUCUGUGACAGGGCGAAGACGGCGAUGCAGCAGUACCUAGCGUGACCACAGAGGGGAGAGAUCCCCUCACCGCCAGCCUAACUAACAAUCGUCGGGAGGACACCUGCUGUUGGUUCUUUUGUUUUCUUGUUUUCUUUAACCUCGAGGCUUGUUUCGUUGCACAAAGACACCUUUUUGGACCUGUGGCUGGCCUCCCUUCACCUCCCGCCCACCGCCCGAAACCACCCUCAACAGUUAAGCUCACUCCAGACCUUGGAGACUCUGAGGCCAUGGUUGUUGGGAAAUCAACGGUUAGGAGGGGUUCUCUUGUUUUAUUUUCUUUUUUCAACAAUGAAGUGAUUUUUUUUUCCUUUUGGGACUUUUGUGAUUUGAGAUUUGCAAUCUUUUUUUGUUUUUUUGUUGGAGUGCAGCAGCCUGACACCAGCGCCACUGUGGUGCUUCUGGACUCCCGACAGUGGAGAAUCGGGUCUCAGUAAACCAGACUAUGAGGUUUGACGUGAGCACGGCUGGUGGACAGCAAAGCUUCCAAGUUUUUUUGUUUUUUUUAAUUAUUGCUAUUAAUAAUAAUGUUUCCUUAAGGCGUCGCAGAGCAAGGACACAUUUAGAAAAACACAGACUGCCUAUUUUGAAAUUUUGGGUGUUUUCUUUUUUUGUGGAUACAUACCUCGUAAAUAUAUAAAUAUAUAUAAAUAUAAACAUAAAUAUAUAUUUUUGGAUUUUUAUUUUCCCCUGACCCUCUGUUUGUGUUCAGUCACUCUGAGUCAUGAUGUUUGGCACACGAGGGCGAAUCCACUGCAGUCUGAUUCCAGUAUGUUUCUGACGUUGAUCAUGGUCUCUGGAGGAGAACAAGGACAAGAAAUGUAACACCCCGAAUUUUUAUUUUUCUCACACCUUUGUGGUUCUGCGUGCACUGUCGCCUGUCACUUCGGUCCCACCUUAUAAUCCCAAUGGGAAAUGUAGUUCCAGAGUGCUCACUCUGUCUCCGACCUGCCCGGUUACUCAUUAACAGGCAUGAUUAGACACGACACCAGAGAUCAGAGGAUGAAUGUAUCCUCACAUCUCUGUUAAAUAUGAAAGUCUGUCCCUCCCCUCCCUGACUGGGUGUUUGUCCAAACGGAUAAAUGAAAGCUCCUGGGUUUGUUUCAAGAAGCGAGCGAUUAGAUGUAAGGAAUAAAGGAGCAAUGAUUUGAGACCGGCCCCGGAGGGUGAAGCACCAAGUGCGUCCACAGCUGCAGAGUCGAGCGCUACAUCGUGUUUCUUCCCUCAAUCAUAUAAUUUCUUCUUCCAUCAGGAUAUUUCUAGAGUGUUGAUCCCUGACAUUUCAAACCUUAAUGAAACUGAUAGAAUGAAUGUUACCAUUGAAAAUAUAUGCAGACCUGAAGAAGGAUUA